AUGAGCUUAAAGGUUCGAACACGAAACAUGUAUUUAAGUAAGCAAGAGGUAGAUGGUCAGCCCCGGAUAUCGAGGGAGGCGAGAUAUUUGAGAGGUAAAAGAGAGGGAAAGAUCGGCUCAGAAGAUGGCGUGGGUAAGGAAGCAGUUGUUGUUGUGAGGGGAUAA